UACGGUCGUACUAUUAUAAUAUAUUUGGCGCGUUUUGUUUUUUAUUUGCGGCGUCUUGUAAAAUUAACCAAAAACUCCAUUCCCAAGCAACAAACUGCUACAAAAUGAAUGAUUCGUUUGGAGAUUUCAAUGCCACUCAAACGGCGUCGACUGGGGCCGCCAGCAACCAAAAGGGAGAGGGCAUUAUACCGCUGGUGAUUAAGCAGAUUGUGGAUGCCCCCGAGGGCAAUAUUGAGAUGUUCGGCAUGCAGUUCGGCAUGGCCAGUGUGGUGGCCAUUGUGCGAAACGUGGAGACUUCCUCGACAAAGAUAACGUACACCCUGGAGGAUCACAGCGGCCGGAUUGAUGCCCACUAUUGGUUGGAGGAGGGCGACGCUCUCAAGGCACCUGAGGUGAUGGUCAACAACUAUGUAAAGGUGUAUGGCACCACACGGUCGCAGGCGGGCCAGAAAACUCUGAUGGUGUUCAAGCUACUGCCUGUACUGGAUCCCAACGAGGUAACCACCCACCUGCUGGAGGCUCUCAAUGCCCGCUACAAGGCGGAGGACUACCAGAGCAAGGGUGGCGCUGCUGAGGCAGUUUCAUCGGGCUCCGGCUCCAUGGCCGACUUCACCGCAUCGCAGAGCAAUGCCAUUGUCAGUGGGCUGGAUCCCAAGCAGCAGGCAGUCUUCCAAGCCAUCAAGAGCAACGUGUCCGAGGAGGGCAUUGGUCGCAAGGAGCUUAAGGCCAAGUUUUCGCACAUCAGUGAUUCCGAGUUGACAAACAUUCUGGAUUUUAUGAUUUCCGAGGGUCACAUUUACUCCAGCAUUGAUGCAGAUCACUUUAUUUGCACCAUGUAAAUCGAAUAUCAAACCUGCAAAAAAAUGUUACUCUUAAAAUGCGUAUUAAAAAGAUUAGUUUUAUAAAAAA